GUCCUCCCUCCAACCAGUUUUCCCCACCAUUCCAUGUAAUUCAGACAGACCAGAGAGAAAAAAGCUCGUUCCUCCAUUCUGUCUGUCACUCAGCCAUGCAGCUCAACGGAAUCGCGAUUGGCUAAAAGUCGACGGAGUCGGUCAUAACAGUAGGUUAAUGUUAAUUAAAAUAAAAUAUUAAUUACUUUAUACCCAAGAAAAGCACGACGACUCGAUUUCAGCGGACUUCAAGAUACUUUAUCGACUCCAAGAAGCAAUGAAAACAGAUUUUUCGAAAAUUGUGCAGCCCAAGAACUCUUAAGAUUUUGCGCUUGGAACAGAGGCCAGCCAUAAAGCAGAUAAGCCACACAGAAAAAUUGCCACUACUCCAGAAUUGUGGAAGGUGUAGAGACCAUCAUGUCGUCAAAGAUGCAGAGUUCCAAUAACACAGCCCAUGCCAGGAGGACAGUCCAGCAGCUGAGAAUAGAGGCCAGCAUUGAGAGGAUUAAGGUGUCCAAGGCCUCAGCAGACCUGAUGCACUAUUGUGGAGAACAUGCUAAAUACGACCCUCUACUCAUGGGCAUCCCAGCCUCUGAAAACCCCUUCAAAGACAAGAAGCCGUGCACUAUAUUAUAGUAGCGGGACAGCUGAAGUCUCUUUGCUUUUUUAUUUGUAUAUUAUUUUAUAGAGAGAAAUAUGACAUUAAUACCGGUACACUAUUUGCCUUAAGGCCAGCCCAGCCCCACUCCCCCUAUUUCCUUGUGCUUUCGGUUGAUUCCCAAAUGUUAUCCUAGGGCCCAUAGGGCUCUGGUAAAACAAUUGUGCACUAUAUAGGGCAUAGGGUGUCGUUUUUGGACUCUUAUAAACAAGUGCCAUUUUGGUAGGAUCAGAAUCAUUGGUGUGCUCUCUCUUUAUCAGAUACAACUAAGACCAAAUAGCACCAUGAGACAAAAUGUAACAGGUCAUUGGUGACCCAGAAACAAUGUUUUAGUUUAGUUCAAUCAGUCAUGAAUGAAUGAAAGCUCAUUCUGAGGCUCCUCUCAACAGAGACUGGUGUUCUUUCAGAUUGUUAUCUCAUGUUAUGCAGACUAAAUACUUGGUUUGAACUAGGGGUUCCCAACUCUGUAAUUUUCACAUCAGCCAGAGCAUAAAUAAUGCCAAUGGCCUGAAGUAUAAAGCAUUGCACUUGCACCACACUCUAGUUAAACCUUUCAGCUCCUGAUUGCGUCAUCAGUCCCCACACAGUAGCUUCUUUGAGUAACAUUCAGUCUAGUUUGUAUAUUACUGAUAAGCCUGUAAUAACCCCAUUAUGUAAAUCACCCAGUCCCAUGACACAGGAGGACUCUAAAACCAGUGCUGAUGGGCCCGUCACAACAGGAGAGGGUGCCUGUCGUUUUGUAAGGGAAAGCGUAUGGCUUGCAGCAAUAGCCUCAUGAACUGGCAGGUUUAACCAGCAUUGUUUUGUUUCUGCAAAGAUGUCAGAAAUCGUUUCAUUUUCAGGUGGGGGUAGAUUCGAACUAUCCCACUUCUAUGUCUUUUGUGAUGAAAGAAUGGCUCUUUAAACUUUAAAGACACAUUUUUAUCUCUUGUGAAUUUGCCAUGCCUUUGCCUUAGGAACCAAACUUUGUGACUUUGCAUAGUUGUCUUACUUGUAUGUGGUACAGUAGAUAGGUAAUGUAGCUGCAAUAUGAAGUGUUGCAGAUACCAUUGAACCCUUUAAAUGAUUUUACUAUGCCUUACAUUGAUGUAAACGUUGUUGUUCCAUAAUGAUGUCUCUAUUUGGCUGAAGGAGAAGAAGUUAAGAUCACAAUCACGUCUAUCCAAUGUACAGAUGUAGGAUCACCCUGUUGUUGCAGGACAUUUCCUGCACAGCAAACUUGCAGUGUAUUUGAGGUUUUAAAAAGGGUUCUAAAGUUUGUAAUUUCCACUUUAAAAUGUCAGAUUGGAUAUGCCCUAACUAAAAAUGUAUCAAAAAUGUCCAUUAACUAUAAUCCACAUAAUGAUUAACAUUUCCUGUUGCUGCAGGAUUAUUUUCCUGCUGUGAAAAACUGUUAUUAAGACGCUACAUCUGUACCAGCACCAGAGGAAACUGGGUGCUAAUCUGUUUGUGCUAUCGUGCCAACUCCUUAACACAUUGUAGUGGCAAACAAAGAUAAAAACUGUCUUGACAAGGACAUCAAUGGAGUAAGCAAGAGCACAGACAGAUCUGGAACCAAGCUAGAAAUGUAAAGGUUUUCUGAUUUGUAUUUUAUUGCCAGUGCUUUUAAAGUGAUUCACUGUAAUAACUUUUUAUUGAUAGAUGUACGACUUCUAUUCUGACAGGGAUUCUGUGAUCCAUCGUGAAAUUUGUGACAACUGUUAUUAUGAUCUCUUCUUGAGUGUGAACAUUCCAUGUUUACAAUAGCUGCUCCAUUGUCUUCUUUUCAACUCUCUGAAUGGUCAUGCGUUGAAUAAUAAUUGUUAUUGUGUGUUUGGGAGAAUGUAUUUUUUUUGUCUGUGCACGUGACUUUCAAAGGCAACUCGGAGACCAUGGUCGUGUUCAUUCGGGCGGACAAUAGCAAAACCGAAAACUAAAACAAUUAGGCAAGUUCAGGUAGUACAUACCUGGUUCGCUUCGUUUUCUACCAAAUGAACAUGACCCAGCUUAACCACCAGGGCCUUAGUAUUAAAGUAGUCUCGUUUCGACAUUUCACCACUACUUUUUAGCCACACUCUUCAAACAACACUAUACUAAUACUGUGAACAAAUUAAUCAAUACAUCCCCAGUGGAUGCAGGGAGCACAUCUUUGAAGUGCUUGACGCUAUUCAUCUCUCAGUAUCAUUAUUGGCAAUACAAUAAAUUGCUCUUAUACCAGUGGGUUAAAGCCUAUAAUUACUAUAGACUGCUAUAUAUAGAGACAGAUGGCAGCAACAACUGAAACGUCCCCUCAUAGUAGGCUAUUUGCCUCCAUAUUCUGUGUAAUCUUGGCAACCUACAAUCGAAAAUCUCAUGUCAAAUACUAUUUACAUUAAGUAGUCUGUCCACAAGAGAUUAUAUUCGGUGUGGCUUUGAAAGCUCGCUUAAAGUUGUGUGUUCCUGUAUGAUGUGUUUCUGCACUUGCUUCUUCUCGCUGUUAUGUCACUGCAUAUACAUUUACAAUAAAAAGCCAAUGCUAUUUUGAUGCAUGUAUUGCAUUGAUUUUUGCCAAUUUAAUAAUUCAUGUUGCAAAUGGAUUUUACAGUUUUAAAGAAAAACGUGUUCAUUUUUCUCUGUAACACAUACUGGAUGCUACUUUGGUCUCUAGUACUAUGUGUAUAUAUUUCCUAUUUCAAGUGAUUACAAUUUUAUUCCCACUUUUGCCUUCUUAAAUUUAGUAGAUCUUAAUGAAUUUAUAUAAAUACACAAUUUUAAUGAUUUAGUAGUGAUUUGUAAAUGCAUCUGGCACAAUAAAAAGUGUGUAGAAAAUAAUACUUGUUUUUCAAUGAUUAUCAGAUACAUUUGAACAAGUGGAGAGGAUAGAUUGUUGAAUUGUCACAACCACUAAUAAACUAGCUAGUGCCACGUCAGUGAGUCACCUGGCUGUAAACAUUC